UUUCUCUGUAAUAGAGCCUUUAUAUCCCACUCGAGAUUCCAUGCGCUGGUCUUUGCUAUAUUGACCACUAGGCAGCAAUACAAUGUAGUACAAGCCUGCUUACCAAACCUCUCACCGAGCCGAGGCACGGACAAGUGGUAACGAAUCUGUCAAAUUUCGCCGACCAGGCGGGUCAUUUCGUGCCCAACAAGGCGAGUCACAUCCCAACAAAGUCACAUGGAGAUCUAUUAUCAUUUUGACAGCCUUUAUCAAUCCCAAGACGGCGCAUGAAUGCUCGAGUGUGAACCAAGUGCUAGAAGAUUCAACCUCUUCAAUAAUAUUACGCCUCAUAACAUUCGGCAGUCAGAAAUAUUGGCGAUAAAAAAACUUCAACAUGAUUGAGAAAAAAGACUUUUUUCCAGGCUUUACCCCCUUAUCAGCGCAGGUUUUCAUCCGCCACCCAGAUGCACAGAGCGAUGCUAUUGAGCGUCCAACUGAUCCCAGAGCCGUUCUCAUCUAUUCAUGGGGCGAUGGACAGCCCAAAAACCUGAUCAAAUAUGCAGAUGGAUACAGAGAUCUCUUCCCCUGCUCAACGCAGAUCGUCGUGCUGGCUCCCAUCUCAACAGCCAUGUGGUCAAAUCUCGAACAACGCACACAGGCUAUGAGACCUGUAAUUGAUGCCAUCUUUCCUAAGGCAUCCAACGACGACCAAGAGACUGAAAAUAGGGAAGACCGCGUGCUGGCACACAUCAUGUCCAACACCGGCGGCAUAAACUAUGCUGCAACACUGAAUGCCUAUCGUGCUGUUCAUGAUAGGCCAAUGCCGCAUCACCUUUUGGUCUUCGACUCCACGCCUGGUAGUGUCAUCAUGACACGCGAAAACUUGGCUCGCUGGUCGCGUGCAAUGGCGUUGGGAACUGCAAACUGGUUCCCUUGGCCAUUUGCCGUGACGCAAACUCUUUGGGCCGGUUUUCUCUGCGGAAAUCGCUUAAUUGAGUGGGUUGUCGGAAAAGAACCCGCUCCAGUGUUCAGUGUGAAGGCGAUUAUAGAUCCGUAUUAUGAGACUAAGGAUACGCGACAUCUGUACAUCUACAGCGAAGACGACGACUUGAUUCCGUACGAAGACAUUGAAGAGCAUAUUGCGGAAGCAAGGAAAAGAGGGUACAAAUCUGAUAACCACAUGUUCAAGGGAAGCGGACACGUACGACAUAUGCAAAUGUUUUCAGAAGAAUACUGGGGCGCUAUUCGAACAUCGUGGAAUAGAGCAACGAGUGAACCUUCUGACAGAGCGUAAAAGAUUCUGUCGAGGUUGAAAGAGUUUAACACGGGCGUGCGUUGUUUUGUAUAGAGUAACUUGCGUUGCAAAUACCCCUUCUAGCAUGUUACAUAAUCUCUAGAUUGAACUCUGUUCUCAAAUGGCAUCCGUUACUAUAGUUUCUUAGAUUGUCCUAACUAUUUCUCUAAUUAUUAUCACCGCAACGCUUUCCAGAGUAUGAGU